AUGAACAAAUUCUGUGCAACGUACAGAUACCCAGACGAUGGAGACGAGGGGAAGGAACAACACCCAACGGAGGAAUUAAAAAGAAAGUGCACCAUCGGAGAACCCGAAGCGGAUCAGAAAAUCGAGCACCUUUUGAGGAACCCCGAUUUUUUUGAAGCCAUGCGGAAGGAUUAUUCCGAAGGGGAGCCACCGGAUGAGAGCAGCCUCACCGACUCCAGGGAGGAACCGUCAACAGGGCAAACGGCCGACCAACUGGCUACCCGCUCCGCUAACCGAGGGAUUGCCCCCCAACUCGACGUGCUCGUCGAAACAGGACGCAUCCUCCCAAGGGACUCACAGGAAAAGAUUAGUUGUCUAGGCAAUGUGGGCGACCAAAUCUGCCUUGGCGAUUGCUCAAAAGAAGGAAGUUUCUCUAGUGGCGUUUUUGAUGGGAACCUCCCACCUGCAGUAGUGUGCACGGAAGAGAAGGAGUUAAUAGCCCCUGCACGAUUGGCUACAUUUGCGGAUGACGCUGGUCGUUCGGAAGAAGUGACAAAAAUGGAAGAAGUAGGCGUAGUAGGGAUGACCGAAGAAGACAUGGGCGAAGACACUGCCGCACUGGGUGCAGACGACGCCGAGGCUGAACACACGAUCCCCAUAGAAGACCAAAGCACCAAAUCGUACGAUGGCUGCAGCGAGUUCUCACUUGACGACGUGAGUGAGGGCGUGCUGGACUACAUUAAAAAGAAGUAUGACAGAAGGAGGAAGUGGAAGCUUAGGGGGAGAAGGAAGGACAACGUGGGGAAGGAUGGCUCUAAGGAAGAGGCCCCAAAGGGAGAUGUUCCUAACAGAGGUGAUAAAAAGGAAGACCCCCCUAACGAAGGGGUUGCCAACGACGGGGAUGCCAACGACGGGGAUGCCAACGACGGGGAUGCCAACGAAGGAGAUGCCAACCUGAACCCCCUUCAGCCCGAAGAGAACUACACCUACACUGUGCCCGACAAGGACGACUUAGAUGCAAUAAUCCGCAGCUCCAUCAAAACUUACAACUGUGCCCUCAUGAAGAGAAUCCUCCUUCAGGGAAAAAUAUUUAUCACCCACGACGGCGUCUACUUCAUGUCCCUCUUCGAUUCGCUUUUUUCAAAAAUUUCCAUCGUGCGAAUCCCCUACGAAUCCAUAGAAGCCGUAAAGAAAAUGAGCGUAUUUAACUUCAUCCCAAAUGCUCUGAAAAUUGUGGUGAAAAAUCGGUCCUUCGUUUUCACGUCCUUCGUGCACAGGGAUCAUGCGUACGAUUUCAUCAUGGACAUGGUGCGUGAUCACAGGUUGGCCAGCGAGAUUCCCAGGAGGGGCGUCGUUCUAUACAACAUUGGAGAGGAAAGUAACGUGGAGGAAGAGGAGGAAGACGAUGAUGAGGAUGAUGAUGACGAAGCAACGAAAGAGCCAAGUCCGAAGAAACGCCCCCAUCUGCCAAGCGAGGUGAAAACUUCGAAGGAGCAACAGGACGAGUCCAUCGUUUACUGCAUCACGCCUACGCAGUACGACCUGCUAAUGAACCACCAACUGGAUCGGACGGAAGAGGAGCUAGCGGAAGAGCGACCUGACGAGGAGAAAGAAAAAUAUAUAGUCAUACAAACGAGAAGCGAAAUUGUACAACCAAACAUUUCACCCAAGGAGGAAGAACUCCUCAGGGAGAACAACUUCAUCCAAUGCAACUACCACACUGAUAGUCUAUACAUAAAUGAAGAUUUUAAAAAAAUAUUUUUCGACAUCUUUUCCCAUUUCGAUGAUAAGAACCCGUUUGUGAAAAAUGUGCGGGACAAGAACCCGAGCAGUUUAAGUUAUGAGCACCUGAACAAUUUGAAUGGGGAGCUACAGCGCAAGGGACACGUUUCAUACGAAUCCGUUUACAAUAUAUCCCUGUUUGAUGAUGAGAAGAGAGUGUUUGGCAUGCCUGCACGAUCCGACGUGAAGGAGCAUUUAUCCUUUUUUUUUCUCCAGAAUGUCAUUGUCAUACAGAAGUGCGUUGUUCUUCUGUGCAGUGUACCGCUAGCAGGGUGCUUCCGCACAAUCAUCACGCUCACGCUAAACAAUGUGCUGCUGGAGGGGGAAACAGACAACAGUCAGACCCCCUGCACACACAUCGACUUUUCGUACGAUAUCGAAUUUGUAAAGAACACUUUUUUUAAGUACCAAAUAAAAAGCAACGCCCUACCUGAGCUGGAAAUCUCCGUCAACAAUCUGAAGAGGUACACACAGGAAGCGAUUGAACGAAGGUAUAAACGGGGCGGCGCAACAAAUGGGGAUAAUCACACACAAAAUGACCACUACACUUUUGUAAGGGACUACGUCGAUAUAAUGACCAUUGGUGAAGAGAAAACUUUCCAAAAUGCAAACAGUACGGGGCCUGCCGAAACGGCUGUUCAGUUAAAUGACAGCACUACUGCCGCAUGGUCCACCGCGAAGAGGUACUUCAAGGCGAAGUUUAAUCCCCUGUCGCAGAGUGUGCGGCACAGACUGGGUAAGACAUUCUCUGCAACGCACUGUCAAAGCGGGGUCGUACCGCUGAUGUUCAUUUAUGCAUGUUGA